AUGAGCACCUAUAAAUGUAGAGCGUCAACGGAACUUAUCAGCCGCGAUGCAUUUCCUAGCAAUUGCUGCGCUGUUUUCAACCGUGGUGGCGGGCUUGGCCCCUCCAAAGUCUGUGUGGUACCGGCAGCCGGUAACUCGUCGAUUGAUGAUACUCCUGCUGUGUUGAAAGCGUUUGACCAGUGCGGACAUGGAGGGAAGAUUCUGUUUCAGAAUACAACGUACCAUAUCAACAGUGUUAUGAACACGACCGGACUGGAGAACUGUGAGAUUGAUCUUCGCGGAACGCUAUUGUGGAGCACAAAUGUCUCGUACUGGCUUAAUCACUCCCUGCCAGUCGGGUACCAGAACCAAUCCACGGCGUGGGUGUUUGGUGGUAAGAAUAUCCGCUUCGAUGGUCAUGGGUAUGGUACUUUGAAUGGCAAUGGGCAGACUUGGUAUGAUGCUUGUGGAUCGGUGUCGAAUUAUCCCGGUCGACCGCAUGCUAUGACUGUGGCUGAGACUAGCAACUCGGAGUUUACGGGGUUGCGUUUCGUCCAGAGUCAGAUGUGGACACUAUCUAUCAUCCACUCCCAAAACACUGUAUUCGACCAUAUCUACGUGAACAGCACCUCGACCCACUCCUCAUCCCGCAACACAGACGGCGCAGAUACAAUCUACAGCUCACACAUCACAUUCCGCAAUUGGGAAGUCGACAAUGGUGACGACAGUAUCAGUCUCAAGGCUAACUCGACAGACAUUCUCAUCGAAGACUGUCUUUUCCAUCGCGGUCUGGGCAUCGCACUCGGUAGUAUAGGACAGUACAAAGAUGUCUACGAGACUAUUCAGCGAGUGCAAGCCAGAAAUAUUACAUUCAGCGGCACACUUCAUGCUGUGUAUUUCAAGACCUGGACCGGGGAACAGGUUAAUUAUCCUCCGAACGGGGGUGGUGGAGGUCUUGGCUAUGCAUCUGAUAUGAUCUUCCAGGACCUCAAGGCUACCGCAUUGAGGGGUCCGGCUAUCGCCAUAUCACAGUGUACCACAUUCUCCGGGGCAGCUGGAAACUGCACGUCUUCCAAGUUCCAGCUUCGAGAUCUCACAUUCAGAGAUUUGACUGGGACUACGACUAGUCACGAUGUGGCUAGCUUACAGUGCUCAGGUGUAAAGCCUUGCGAGAAUAUCUCCAUUACGGGGGUUGAUCUGGCUGUCAGUUCUAAUGGGACGCUGGCUGAUGAGUACCUGUGUGGGAAUGUGGAGGGAACUCGUGGGUUCAAGUGUACUGGGGAUGUGUGUGUUGGUGGGAGUGCGACUGGUGGCUGCUGA